AUGGUAUCAGAGCAUCACCGAUCCUAUGCCGCAGUGGUGACGAUGGAAGAUCAAAUCGGCGACGAGAAUCAGACUGGACAAGUGGGAGGUUCUUCGAAUCUAUAUCAAAAUUCGAUGAACAAUAGCCCCAUCCAGCGUUCUGAUGAAUUCAACGAUCCAAUGUACUUACACUUUACGGAGAAUCCAAAUCUCAUCCUUGUAUCACCACCGCUAUCCGAAUUGAACUAUGCGUCCUGGAGUAGGUCGAUGAAGAUAGCUUUGGAAGUCAAAAAUAAGUAUGGCUUCGUUGAUGGAACGAUUCUGAAUCCUGGAGAAUCGGAUCCGAAUUAUGCAGUUUGGAGGAGGUGUAACAACAUCGUUUGUUCGUGGAUCUUCAAGUCUCUCAAUGCCACAAUUGCGGAGAGUGUUCUGUAUAUAGAAAACACAGCAGACAUUUGGAGCACUCUCAAACGAAGGUAUUCACAAGUCGAUCCUCAUAGGAUUGCAGAGCUACAGAAUCAGAUCUUCAAGUGUUCACCAGGUAACCUCACUGUUAAUGAGUACUUUACUAAGUCUAAUGCCUUGUGGAUGCAACUGAAUACAAUGAGACAUGUUCCCUUGUGCGAAUGUGUACCGAAGUGUUCAUGCACUCUUCUAAGAAAAAUUCAGAAGGAAAAAGGAGGCAAAAGCAGUUAUAACUAA